AGGUAAGUAGACAACAAGCCCACUCGCUACAGGAUGGUGUUCACAGCACAUAGCUGCCUAUGUACGGAGUACCUAGCGUGCUGAUGUUAGCUGUGGUGGGGGGUGUCGAUGGCAGGCGGUGUGCCCGCUGUCCCUGCAAAUCAGUGGCAGAAUUUGGAUUUUUCUAAAAAGUCUAGAGAGCUACCAGGACAUCGACCGCCAACGAUCAGUAAGUAAGUAAUACAAGCAACGUCAAAAUGGCCCCCGAACUUCGUGCGAGAAAACCUUCAGCCUCCGCCCAAAAGACUCCGAUCAAGUCCAAGGGUGCCGCUCCAGUAAAGCGAAAGGCCGCCGAAGAUGCAAGUCCCGUGGCUGUGAAGAAGACGAAACCUCUGAAGGGACCGGCGACGUCCAAGGCAAAGAAAGAGAAGCCCGUGGUACCCGUGGAACCUGUUGUAGACGACGAGGAACAGCCAUCCUCUGACGACGACGAGGAAGACAACGACCAGGCUCUAGUACUGGCAGGUGUUUCGGACGAAGAAGACGAUGCCGAAGUUGACGAGAGCGCUGCAUUCAAGGAGGGCCAGGAUGUAGGCAAAGCCCCUGUGCCUUCAAAGGCGCUCGAAAAGGCAGGCAAGUCUGGCAAAGGUGGAAGCAAGGUCAAGGCUGUUGUCUACAUCGGUCGCAUCCCCCACGGUUUCUACGAGCGGCAAAUGCAGGAGUAUUUCGGUCAGUUCGGCGACAUCUCAAGGUUACGGCUGUCGAGGAAUAAGAAGACCGGCCAAAGCAAGCAUUUUGCCUUUGUCGAGUUUGCGGACGAGACGACGGCCGAGUAUGUGGUCAAGUCGAUGAACAACUACUUGCUUUUCGGCCACCUUCUCAAGUGCAGGACCGUGCCAGAGUCGCAAAUUCACGAUGAUCUAUUCAAGGGAGCUGGCAAGCGAUACAAGGCCAUUCCCAGCAACAAGAUUGAGGGCAACAAGCUGAAGAAGCCACUAUCCGAGGGCAAGUGGGCAUCCAAGAUCGAGAAGGAGAACAAGAAGCGGGCCGAGAAGGCUGAGAAGCUCAAGGCUUUAGGCUACGAGUUUGAGGCGCCUGAGUUGAAGGAAGCCGUCGCACCUACGGCUGGAGCACUGGAAGACGCCCAGGAGGAAGCACCCAAGGCCGUUGAGGCUGCCCCUCAAGUCGCAGAAUCAGAGGCUGUCGCUGAGACAGCAGAUGGCGAGCAGGCCACCACGUCCGGCACGCCGAGCAAGCAGAACGGAUCAAAGGCUGGCAAGAAGGCCAAAAAGCCCGCAAAGGCGAAGAAGGCAAAGGCUUGAGUUUACUGAAGAGGCGCAAAAGGGCGUUACGAUAAGCAAUUUAUACCACGUUCCCGUGAUAAUAUCUAGAGCAACGAUUGGCAGGUGUGUCUGGCGCAGCAUAUUUCAGGAAAAGCAUUUCCAGAGCAACAAUUCCACAACCGUGACGAGAUGUAUGUUUGCACUAAAGCGAAUCUUCUGCACUCAUUAAGGGCAAAGCCGAGCAGCAGUAGUAUUAUUAAAAGGCAAUAAUUGGUCUACUUCGGCCAGGUUGUAUGAGACUGCCUAGUUAAUUGCACGUGGUUGUGCAGGCAGUUUCAAAAAAUUUGCUGGCGAAGGGUGAAAUAUGUGAGGAAGAAAGGAAAAAAAAAAUCCCAAGAGGCUUGAAGUUUGCGAUAUUCUAGUCUAGACAAGAGCCCCCCCCUCCCCCACC